AAUUUUGGAUGGAAAAUGCUUUUCUUUUUUAAAAAAAUAUUUUUAAAAUUUAUUUUUGGCUGCAUUGGGUCUUAGUUGCUGCGCAUGGGCUUUCUCUAGUUGCAGCGAGUGGGGGCUACUCUUCAUUGGCAGUGCGUGGGCUUCUCAUUGCGGUGACUUCUCUUGUUGCGGAGCACGGGCUCUAGGCACGCGGCCUUCAGUAGUUGUGGCGUGCAGGCUCAGUAGUUGUGGUGCACGGGCUUAGUUGCUCCGCAGCCUGUGGGAUCCUCCAGGACUAGGGCUCGAACCCAUGUCCCCUGCAUUGGCAGGCAGGCUCCCAACCACUGUGCCACCAGGGAAGCCCCCAGAAAUGCUUUUCUUAACAAGACACGAGCUUCAAAAAAAGAAAGAAAGCCAAAUUCAUAAAAAAGAAAUACUUCUGUGUGUUAAAAGACACCAUUGAUCAAGCCAUAUGUUUAGCAAUAGGUAAUACAGCAUAUUCAACAAGAAAAGGAUUAAUAGAUAUUAUGGAUGGAAUAUAAAAAUAGUUUAUACAAAUUGAAAAGUAGAAGACAAUUCAAUAACAAAACAGUUAAGUAAUAUAAACAAAUCAUCCUUAGAAAAAGGAAUACAAAUAACUAUAAACAUAUGAAAAGGUGUCCAGCACUUUGCAAUUCAAAUGAUAAUGAGACGACAGAUAAGCAAAAGUUAUAAAGAUUCAUCAUCUCAAGGACUGGCCAGCAUGGAGUCAAACUCCUAAUGAUGCUGGAAGGAUUAAUUGGUGAAGCCAUUUGAAGGGGCCAAUGUAGUCCUGUCUGCACAAUCAUAAAAUGUGCCCAGCAUUGGACCUAGCAAUUCAGCCUCUAGGAAGCAUCCAGAAGAAACACAUGCACGUGUUGACCCUGGUAAAAGGCCGAGAUUUAUAACAGGGGAAAACGGAAACUGCCCAGAUGACCAUCAAUACGAAAUUGGUUUAAAAAUAUUUCAGCGUACCCAUUUGGAGAGAUCUCACCGGCCACUCCUUCCCUCUCCCUCUGCUGGAUCCCAGCAGAGCUCAUGUUUCCAGAUGGUAGUCAGGGAAGGCAGUGACCAAAGCUUGAGGGUGGCCUGGGCACGUGUGGCAAUGCCACUGGCUAAGCCACCUGCUCCCUCUCCUCUGGUUCCCAGACUCAAGGGGGCCUCUCCUCCUUAGGACAUGAAUUUGGAAGACCCUGUGACCCUGCCCUGGGAACUGGACAGGUGGCAAAGUCUGCGGUGAUAAGGUGAUUGGGCUGUCGCUAUGGUGAUGGGGAUGGAGGCCUUUUGCCAUCAGCCCCAGUUUUCUGCAUGGCAGCUCUAAUGACAGGAUGGUCAGCCCUGCAGAGGCUGGAGGGUGUGAGCGCAGAGGCCUGUUCCUGGUUGCCAUGGCAGCGUGGGCCCUCGCAGGAGCGCAGAAAGCCCUGGCAGGAGAAUUCCCCACUCCAUACCUGGUCAGAGCAGGAAGUGUUGGGCCGUGACUGAGCCUCAGGGAAGCAGGUUGGGGUGUGAGAAAAGAACAGUCGCCCACAGCUUAAUUACUCAAAAGCUGUCCCCCAGCCACAGGAGGAAAGAAGACGUUUUCUGCUGAGUCUGUCUAGAGGACACCACGCCGUCACAGCUCAGCACAGCCCGGAGAGAAAGCUGACCAGUGCUGACCAGCUCUGGAGCCCGGCAAUGGCCCUGCCCCGAUGAUACCUGGCCUGACAAGGCCUCAGUGGGGAAGGGUCCCGACUAGGACCCAGAAGAGAAGGCUGGCAGGCUUGCUGGAGAACAAUGAAAAGGAGGAAACUCUGUGAUUGAACCUCAAGCCAGAAGCCAGCCAGAAGGUGGACCAUAUUCUACCAGACACUCGGGCCGGCCGUGACCCUUGGUUGGGAGAAGCCUGGGGAUAUUUCUGCCUUGGAAGCCCGUCGGGGAACACUGAGGGGUUCCAGCUCCCCCAGGCGGGCUGCGGUACAAAUGCUGGAUGACAGAGCCAGGAUGGAGAUCGCCAAGAAGGAAAAGGUGGAACAGAUCCUGGCGGAGUUCCAGCUGCAGGACGAGGACUUGAAGAAGGUGAUGAGGCGGAUGCAGAAGGAGAUGGACCGAGGCCUGAGGCUGGAGACACACAAGGAGGCCAGUGUGAAGAUGCUGCCCACCUACGUGCGCUCUACCCCGGAAGGCUCAGUUUAUCCUGGGGUCCCCCAGAUGUCUGGCAUCGGGGGCCCCUCGUCCAGCUCUUCUGGUCCCCCCACCAUGCCUUCCCCUCCUCCUCUCCCAGUUUGGGGGCUCCUGCCCGGCGGUGCCCAUGAGACUGAUGUGCUUCUCUCUGUGGCUGCAGAAGUCGGGGAUUUCCUCUCCCUGGACCUGGGCGGCACCAACUUCAGGGUGAUGCUUGUGAAGGUGGGGGAAGGGGAGGAGGGACAGUGGAGUGUGAAAACCAAGCACCAGAUGUACUCCAUCCCCGAGGACGCCAUGACGGGCACUGCUGAGAUGCUCUUUGACUACAUCUCUGAGUGCAUCUCCGACUUCCUGGACAAGCAUCAGAUGAAGCACAAGAAGCUACCCUUGGGCUUCACCUUCUCCUUUCCUGUGAGGCACGAAGACAUCGACAAGCUCCCGUCCCUUCACGCCUGCCCCCAGCAUCCAGCAGCCACUGAGGCCCCCCUCUCCCCCCAGGGCAUCCUUCUCAACUGGACCAAGGGCUUCAAGGCCUCAGGAGCAGAAGGGAACAACAUCGUGGGGCUCCUGCGAGAUGCCAUCAAGCGGAGAGGGGACUUUGAGAUGGACGUGGUGGCGAUGGUGAACGACACUGUGGCCACGAUGAUCUCCUGCUACUAUGAAGACCGCCGGUGUGAGGUUGGCAUGAUUGUGGGCACGGGCUGCAACGCCUGCUACAUGGAGGAGAUGCAGAACGUGGAGCUGGUGGAAGGGGACGAGGGCCGCAUGUGUGUCAACACCGAGUGGGGUGCCUUCGGGGACUCGGGCGAGCUGGACGAGUUCCUGCUGGAGUACGACCGUGUGGUGGACGAGAAUUCCCUGAACCCCGGCCAGCAGCUGUACGAGAAGCUCAUCGGCGGCAAGUACAUGGGCGAGCUGGUGCGGCUCGUGCUGCUGAAGCUUGUGGACGAGAACCUGCUCUUCCACGGGGAGGCCUCGGAGAAGCUGCGCACGCGCAGCGCCUUCGAGACACGCUUCGUGUCGCAGGUGGAGAGUGACUCGGGCGACCGCAAGCAGAUCUACAACAUCCUGAGCACGCUGGGGCUGAGGCCGUCGGCCACCGACUGCGACAUCGUGCGCCGUGCCUGCGAGAGCGUGUCCACCCGCGCCGCGCGCAUGUGCGCCGCGGGGCUGGCGGGCGUCAUCAACCGCAUGCGCGAGAGCCGCAGCGAGGACGUGAUGCGCAUCACCGUGGGCGUGGACGGCUCAGUGUACAAGCUGCACCCCAGCUUCAAGGAGCGGUUCCACGCCGGCGUGCGCAGGCUGACGCCCAGCUGUGAAAUCACCUUCAUCGAGUCGGAGGAGGGCAGCGGCCGGGGUGCGGCCUUGAUCUCCGCGGUGGCCUGUAAGAAGGCCUGCAUGCUGGGCCAGUGAGAAUAAAGGCUGCAAGGCAAGGAGGAGGCUGUGGCCGCUACUAGACCUGGGCUCCAGGGGACACACUUCCUACAGGUCCCCCCAACCUGGUCCAGUCAAGAGGCUUCUCCUUGUAAGGACCUUGGAUGCCUCCCAUCCCCGCUGUCACCCCAGGAGAUGGGGAAAGCUUCUUUGGGGAUGCGGUGAGGCCCUGAGCAGGGCUCUUCUCUCAGGGUCAGUUGGUAGGAUAGCCCUAGGGCCCUGACUGGGUUGGGGGCUGAGAUGAACAGGAAUGGAGAACCCCCAAAGUACCUCACCUUUCUUGCUGCAAUCAGGGGCCCAGAAGGGAGUUAUUAACUCAGGAUUUUGUUGCAUUUCUGCACUGCUUGCCUCUUGGAGCUUUCAGCCUGGCUCAGCCCUUGCUCUGGGAAGGGGGUGCACUCUGGACUCUACCAUGGCCUGGCUUCCCUGGGAACCCAGCCCACAUAGAGAGGCAGCCCUCAUGACCUGGCCAGACCUAGACCUGGGCUCCACAGGGGGCCCCGGGGAGCUGCAGAUCACCCAGGCCUGGGAAAUGGAAGGGACCAGCUCCAUGUUGGAGGCUGUGGGUACCCCGAGGCCUGGAGAUGGCAGCCUUUUCCCUCCCAUCCUGCCAUCCCUGAGUGGUUUCUGGUUCUGGGAUGGACCCUCACAGGAGGUGCAAGAGACAGUCCCCAAAGCCCCUGCCCAGAGGGGCCCAGGAAGAGGAGGAGUCCCCCUACCCACAGACAGGCCUGGGAGCAUCUCCGGGAUCGAGUCCUCGGCUCCCACGGCGCUGGGCACUCAGAAACCCCAGCAGCACUCAGCACACCCCCAAGGGACCACCCAGGCCUCUUUCUUCUCACCAGACCUCCAUGUACCACACCAACCUCUCCAUGCCCAACCUGGGACUGUGUGGGUUUUUUUAAUUAAAAGUUUGGAACAUGA